UAAAUUAUAUAACUUUAGGGCGUCUAUCAUCUUUAAGGAUGCAGUGGUUUAGUCAGGUUUAGUGAAUAAAGUAAAGAAAAAUGCAACCAAACUUACAGUGCACAUGGUGCGCCUGCGUUAGUGACUCAAUGCGUUCUCGUCUUCAGCAUAAACAAUGAAAAUGUGUGUGUCAACUGAGAGACAAAAGAGAAAAGUUGUACAUCGGUCGUAUGAGAAUUUGUAAAGUUCGAGAUUUUUUGGAGAAUGUAGAGAGAAAAGCAGGAUUUUCUUGUCUGUCGUGCAAUCUUGUUUUACCUCCAAUCCAUCCAGCGCUGAAGUCCUGCCAAUUCAUCGUCGUCGAAGCGCGACGCUUAAACAACAACAACAACCAACAAGAAGAAGGGCAACACUCGCGAAUCCAACCAGCAUCGUCUGAUCUUCAGCCCCUACACAGCAUCAAUGCCCAGCGAGGUAGGAUGGUGCCGGCGCCGAGGGUAGCUUAAGAAUGGUGCGGCCUCAAGCAAAUGGGCCCAGGCAUUAACUGUUCAAAUUGUAAUCUCGAUUUUUAUUACGUUGGUUGACCUUCAGCGGAAAUUCACAGACUAUUUUUUGAUUUUGAUUACAUUCGCGGCGAGAGACCGAAAAUAGCCUCUUUUUUCUUCGGUCCGUCGUCCCUCUUUUUCCAAAUCCGCUCCUCAAUAUUGUCGCCGCACAAAUUUCAUUACGUUCUUGACUGGUUGCCACUUGUGCAAUAAAUAAUUUUGUGCAGCUUUCGUAAAUGAUUUUCAUCUGCUGACCAUCAUGAAAUCCAGGAAGAACAAGGACUCCAGGACGAUACAGGAGGGUGUCGUCGGGAGGUACGUUAAGAAGGACACCCCACCGGAAAUGCCCAUUAUAAAUGUUUGGAGUACUGAGCCUCAACGAAGACUAUCAAGUCAGAACAGGAGUUCAUUUCCACCACAAGGCAACUCUCAGAGUUCUACAACGUCCCAAGCGCAGCCCAAUGCAUCCACAACCGUUCAGAAGUUUGGUAAUCAGAAGACGACAAUCAGCGACGUGGGUUUGGGUUCUCAUGAGGGCAAAUAUACGCCAAGCUCGUCCGUUCCUAAUUUAGCAUCAAAAUUUGCUAACCUUUCUGUUACGAACAAGCAGUCUGUCGUAAAUCAAAGUCUUGCCGCCAUAAACCAAUCUCAGCCGAUUUAUGUGAAUCAGCCAAUAAUUAGCAAUUCCUAUGUAGAUAAUUCCGCCAAUAAUGCCAACUACGUCGAAAUUGAUCAGAUUUAUCCAUUAGCAAACCAAGAUACCGCGUCGACGUUCGGCAGCGAGAUCAACUAUAGCAAUCGGGCGCCUUCGCCGAUUUAUCAGAAUACAAAUGAAAGCAGUAAUCAAUUUCAAGCCACUCCCAUUUACAGUAACACCAAUGCCGAGCGAUUUCGACCCCAAUCUCAGGGGAUGACAUACGGAGAGCAAUUGGCGCAUCAUUUAAGACAGACAAAAGAAAGAACUGAGAACACGCAGCAGGAGCAAACGGAGGAAUUGCCAUUGCCUCCAGGGUGGUCGGUAGAUUAUACACUGAGAGGUAGGAAAUACUAUGUGGAUCACAACACGAAAACGACACAUUGGUCACAUCCAUUGGAGAGAGAAGGACUUCCCACGGGAUGGCAAUGCAUCCAUUCGCCGAUCUGGGGUGUAUAUUACGUGAAUCAUAUAACGGGCCAAGCGCAAUACGAGCAUCCAUGUUUAGUGCCAUGCUACAAUUACCAGCCAGACGUUAGAUAUAUGAAUCCCCCAAGGAAUACCCACUAUCAGCCACACAGUGUAUUAGUGCCUGCAAACCCGUAUUUACUAGAGAAAAUUCCUAAUUGGUUGACAAUCUAUUUUCAAACAAGCGCUGAACUAGAUCACAAAUUGAGAUGGGACAUGUUUAAAUUGACACAGCUGGACUGUUACAAUGCUAUGUUGACGAGAUUAUAUAAGCAAGAGCUGCAAAAUAUCGUAAUGCGUUACGAAAGUUACAGGUCGGCGCUCCUAGUUGAAAUGGAAAAGUUUCAAAUGCAUCGCCAGAAUACGAGGGCUGUGACUGGACACCAUUAAAUAAGAUGAAUAUAUUA